GUCGUCCGUCCCACGUGACCUGAACGUAGCACAAAGCAGACACAGUGAGUUCUCGGCGAAGAAGAAACGAAAGAGUAGUUAUGAACCGAUAUGAGGCCUUUUUGGUACAUUAUGUAAAGCUGGAGAUGAGACUAUGAGCUGAGAAAUGCGGUUGUAGCUUGCUGCUGAAUGUGGCUUUCGUCCCCACAUUCUCUGAAAGAGACAGAGUCGGGAUGUUGUCAACCAACAUGGAAACAAAAAGAGUGGAGAUACCCUCCGGCGUACUGGAUGACCUCUGCAGCCGGUUCAUCCUGCACAUCCCCAGUGAGGAGAGGGACAAUGCCAUCCGGGUGUGCUUCCAGAUUGAGCUGGCCCACUGGUUCUACCUGGACUUCUGCAUGCAGAACACCCCAGGAGCUCCUCACUGUGGGAUAAGAGACUUCGCCAAAGCUGUCUUCCAUCACUGUCCGUUUCUUUUGCCUCAUGGAGAGGAUGUGCAGAAAGUCCUCGAACAGUGGAAGGAGUACAAGAUGGGCGUACCUACUUAUGGAGCAAUCAUUCUAGAUGAAUCAUUAGAAAACGUACUGCUUGUUCAGGGCUACCUUGCAAAGUCAGGUUGGGGCUUUCCAAAGGGGAAAGUUAAUGAGGAUGAAGCCCCUCAUGACUGUGCAGUGCGUGAGGUGUUGGAGGAGACAGGCUUUGACAUCAAGAAUCGCAUCUGCAAAGACAUGUACAUAGAGCAGAAAAUCACUGACCAGCUGGUUCGGCUCUACAUUAUACCAGGAGUGUCAAAGGAUACCAAGUUCAACCCUAAAACAAGGAAAGAGAUCAGGAAUAUUGAAUGGUUUCCUAUUGAGAAGCUGCCAUGUCACAGGAAUGACAUGACCCCAAAGUCUAAACUUGGACUUGCUCCCAACAGAUUUUUCAUGGCCAUUCCAUUCAUAAGACCACUGCGAGAAUGGAUCAGCAGGCUGAAAGGCGAGUCAACAGACAGCGAUGAGGACUUUGCAAACAACAGCAACACUCCAUGCAAACCUUCAGACAAUGCUCGGUCAAAAUCCCGCCGCGUCACAGGUACUGAUGCAUUUCCUGGAAACGGCUGGACAAAACACAUGCAGCAGAAGGCUAUGGGCCAGCUGAGCCAGUAUGAACAGAACGCAACCUUGAAGGGAAAUGGGAAAAAAAGUCAGGACUCACCCUAUGUGAAGAAAGGAGCCAAUGACAAUGGAGCCAACAACCAACAGAAAGAAGAUAAAAAACUUCAACCCAGAAGAUUGCAAGACAGUUUUGAGAGAGAUGGAGCUCCAUGCAGCUCCAAUGGUCACCAGACAGUCCACAGCAGAGACUGUGAGCACCUGCUCUCUUCUAAGGCUUUCCUCAACUUCAGAUUCGACAGAGAUGCCAUCAUGAAAUGUUUUGACUACUGACAUGAUGAAUUAUGGCCUUAGAGAAGUUUACCUUACAGUCUAGGCAAGGAUGUCGUUGAACAUGCCCUUUUCCUUUUUGUUUUGCUUGUCAUGAACACACAUUUACAGUGGAGAGUUGCCCAUUUGUCAUCAAACACAUCUUGUAAACUUCACAACUGGAGUUGUUCGUCUUUCCAGGCCUUUUUAGACAGAUGGUUAACCUAAAAGUACUGUCUUCAAUCUGUCCAAGAUCAAAACAUAACGUUUUUUAAAGACCUAAAUUCGUGAUUCAGUCUGCAGGAGAGAACACAUAGACUAUAAAGAGAGGACUGCUCAGGUUAACCAUUAGUCACUGGAUGGAUGGAUGAAAAGUUUUCAGAACAUCAUAGAUUUUAAACACAUUAGGUGACAGUGAAAAGUCUAAAAUUCAGCUGUGAUAUCAUAGUGAAUUUGGCCAGUGAAUCAAUGUUAGAUUUAUCAUGUCAUGUUGAUUUUAAGUCAAGAAUAAUUUAGGUGUUGAUCAUUUCUCUCAUCCUUCCAACUGAGUACCAAAAGUGUUUUGGAUGCUGAGAGGAAGGCGGGUAUUAACAGUGUUAUUGGCUUUAUUACCAAAAUUAUUUCAGAUUUUAUUCAGGAAUGUUGAAUAUUGUCUUAGGAAAGGAAGAACAAGAAGUCACCACAGCUUUGUCUUCAUUCAAGUUGAAUGUCGUUAAAAUUCAUGUAUGGAAGUCUGUGGCUGCCAGUAUUGUAUAUGAUAUAUAAUAUUAAUGUUUGAAAUCUGUAAUCAAGGCCAGGAAAAUUUCAUUUACAAAUAAGUUUCAGUGUACUCCACAGUAUCACCACAUAAUGCUAAUAGAUGGAAUCCAAUUGGCAGACAGUGUGCAACCUAAAUGACAUUGCAAACUGGCCCUCUAUUUGAAUUUAAAUUAAACUUCAACAUUAACUUGUCUCACAUGAACAUUUUUAUAAUGGCAGAAUUCUUCCAGGCCUCUUUUGUGAACACUGUCAAAGACAACCGUUCUGAGAUUGACCAUUAUUCUAAAAAAUGAAAAAAGGCCCCUUUUUCAUUUUCAUCAGCAAUGAGAUAAAUUCCAUUUUAAAUGCAAAUAGGAGAAUCAAUUUCACCUAUCGUUUAAAUAUUGUGGCAGUAUAGUGCUCAGGACCACACUGAAUGACUGAUGAAUGGGGUUUUUAUUAUGUCAUACAUCAGGCACACACAAAAGGAAAAUGACAUUUGAAUUUGAGUAAAUAUUAGAAUAAUAUUAUUAUAAUAUUUUCAGCCACAGCUUCCAUUUAUUAUUUUCCUUGAAGUGACCCACAUCCCACUGUGUUUGUCUGUCCGGUUUUAGCAGUCUUGCAGUUCAAGGCUACUCUGUCCUGCAGAAUGUCAGGUUUACAGGUUUAAAUUCCUGUUACGAUUUUAUAGACAACAAGUUCUCAAUCAUGUUCUUAAUGCCUCACUAGUUAGCUGCUAGAGUGUGUAGUUGGCAUGAAAACAUUCAGACUCUUGCGCUAUGGACCAUGAUGGAGGACCACAACGUUAGGCUACUGUGAACAUACUUUUUUUUGUUUGUUUGUUUGUUUGUUUGUUUUUCUCAAAAACAUUGCAAAGGGCCGCAUUAAAGGAUUUCUUGCCCAAUACAGCUGAGACUAUAAACAAUGGCAAUUUUCAUAGUAUCACCAACUGUUUCAGAGGUAUUUAAAUUCAUCCCACAGUCUAACAAUUUCUAUUUUCUUAAGGGACUGUCAAAACUACACAUGUGAGAUUGCUGUCUGGAUGCGAGCAAAAUUUGUCAGCGGGGCUUCUUUGUUAUUGAUUGUACUAACGGUGAUCUCAAGGUGUCCUUUGGCUUUGGUGGUUUUUUGACUUUACUGUGAAUAUUAAUAAAGUCUGUUUUUUCA